GGAGGGCACUUCCUGUGUCAUGGCGCCGAGCCCUACAGCAAGGACUCAUUGUCGAGAGCUCCCACCUGACUAGACCACUCUUUCCUGUGACUUCUGCCAGCUGCAGUCUGCAUUGGGAGGAUUCUGAGAGGCUCUCAGGCACACAAUGGAGGCAGUGACUGUGGAGGAUGUAACUGUGAACUUCACCAAGGAGGAAUGGGCUCUGCUGAAUCCAUCCCAAAGGAAGCUCUACAGAGAUGUGAUGUUGGAAACAUUUAGGAAUAUAAAUGCUGUAGGAAGAACUUUGGACUACCAGCAAAAUAAAGAAUACAGAAAUUGUUCAAGAGAUCUAAGAAAUGAAGUAGCAAAAUGCUAUCCUUAUAAAACUUGCAGUCAACAUGGAGACAUAUUCCUUAAUACUUCAGAUGCUAAGAUAGAUAUGCAACAAACUGCUUUCAAGCCAGCUGGAAGUCUUAUUUGUGGAGAGCCCCUGAUUGGGCAUUCAUUAAAUGUGUCCAUUUUACAUAACACUGGAGAGAAGCCAAAUGAGUAUUUGGGAUGCAGUGACAAGCUGAGUAAAUGUAAUGAACAUGAACAAACCUGCAGUGAUUUCCACUCCUUUCAGAAGCAUGCAAUAUCAAAGAGUGGAGAGAAGCCCUGUCAAAAUGAGCAAUAUGGAAAAUCCUCUCAACUUAAUGAAAGAACUCACUUUGGAGAACAGAUAAUUAUGGGUCAGAAAAGUUUGAAAGCGUCUACCACCCCCAAUGGUUUUCAAAUCCAUGAAAGAAUUCACACUGGAGAGAAACACUAUGAAUGUGAACAAUAUGAGAAAUCAUUUACCAGAUGCACUGAUUGUCAAAGCCAUGAAAGUACUCAAAUAGGGAAGAAACCUUACGUAUGUAAACAAUGUGGGAAAGCUUUCACCAGACGCUAUUAUUGUCAAGUACAUGAAAGAACUCACACUGUGGACAAAACUUAUAUAUGCAAGUACUGUGGAAAGGCAUUCACUAUACACCAGUCUUAUCAAAGACAUGAAAGAACUCACAGGGGGGAGAAUCCUUACAUGUGCAAGCAAUGUGGGAAGACAUUCUCUACAUAUGGAACUUGUGAAAUUCAUAAAAGAAGCCACACUGGUGAGAAACCUUAUUCAUGCAAGCACUGUAUGAAGGCAUUCACUACACGACAAUCUUGUAAAAUACAUGAAAGAAUUCACACUGGGGAGAAACCUUAUGUGUGCAAGCAAUGUGGAAAAGCAUUCUCUAUAUGGGGUAAUUAUAAAAGACAUGAAAUUACUCACACUGGGAAGAAACCUUACAUGUGCAAGCAAUGUGGAAAAACAUUCAAUUUGAGGAGUAAUUACAAGCGACAUGAAAGAUCUCACAAUGGAGAGAGACGUUAUGCAUGCAAAUAUUGUGGGAAGGCAUUCACUGCACAUGAAACUUGUCAAAUACAUGAAAGAACUCACACUGGGGAGAAACCUUAUGUGUGUAAGCAAUGUGGGAAGGCAUUCACUACAAAAGGUUAUCAUAAACUACAUGAAAACUUUCACACAGGGAAAAAAUCUUAUGUGUGCAAACAAUGUGGGAAGGCAUUCACUAAACAUCAAUCUUGUCAAAGACAUGAACUCAGUCACACUGGGGAGAAACCCUAUGUGUGCAAGCACUGUGGGAAGGCAUUCACUUCCCCCCGGUCUUGUCAAGGACAUGAAAGGACACACACUGGGGAAAAACCUUAUGUGUGCAAGCACUGUGGAAAAGCAUACAGUAUAAAGUCUAGUUGGAGAAGUCAUGAAAAAACUCACACUGGGAAGAAACAUGUGUGCAAGCACUGUGGGAAGGCAUUCGCUAUACACCAACAUUGUCAAAUACAUGAAAGAACUCACUCAGGGGAGAAACCUUACAUGUGCAAACAAUGUGGGAAGGCAUUCACUACACAACAGUCUUGUCAAAGACAUGAAAGAAAUCACACAAACAAGAAAAUACAGUAAUGUGGGCUAAUGUGGGAAAAGAUUUGCUUGUAAGUCCUUAUUCUGUUUUUUGUGUUUGAGACAGGGUCUCGCUAUGUAGUUCAGGCUAGCCUUGGGCUCACUUUGUAGCCCAGACUGGUUUUGAACUUUGAAUGAUGCUCCUACCUCAACCUCCCGAGUGUUGGAAUUACAGGGGUGCAUAAGUCUUCAUUUUAUAUAUAGAGAGCUCUCACUGGGGAGAAACCCUAUAUAUAAACAAUGUGAGGCAAAUAUUUGGUAAACAUAUUUUUCAUCAACUGUAUGAAAGAAGUCAUACUGGAGAGUGAUCUUAUAUAUGUAAGCAUAUUUCGAAAAACUUAUAAAGGGAGUCUUGUACACAUGUAAGUGAAAAUUUUUAUGUCAAUAUUUCUUUAUGAUUUUCCAGAAACUAUAAUCCCAGAUGGAGAUCUAUAAUGUAUUCUUUCUGUUCUUUCAGUAAAUCAUCUGAAAAACCUGAAUUGAGUAUGUAUAGUGUUUAUUAGAAUCAAUAUUAAUAUAUUUUAUGUAAACCAUGGUCUUUGAACCUAAUAUAUAUUAUGUUUUAAUACAACAUGAGUUGAAAUAUAUUUCUCACUUCCAAGUAUGGUUAUUAUUUUUGUAGUUUUUAUUUUUUUUAAUAGGCAGGUAAAAAAAAUAAAUAUAAUUAGUAGUUUUAAAUUGGCAUUUCCCACUAGCUUUGAUUGAAAUUUUCUUGGUGUAUACAGCUCUUUUCUGUAUACAAAUGAUAGCAGUGAAUUUGAUUUAUAGUAUACAUGUGAACAUGAAUACUUUGAGACAUUUAGACAUGUAAUUUUUAUUUAUUUUGGUACCAGAGACUGAAUACACAACAUUGCACUUGCCAGGCAAGUGCUUAUGCCACUGAGUUAAAUCCCCAGCCCCAUGUAAUUUUUAAAAGUUCAUUUUUUAACAUGUAACUUGUUGAUUAGUAAAUGUUUUGUUUUUCAUGUCCUAAUUAGAUAGCUGCAGGUAUCUCACCAUAACUGUAAAGCACAUAAUUUUGCUUUCAUGUGAAAGUCAGUAUGAUUUCCGUAAAACUUUAUUUUCUUAUCAUCAUUUUACUUUUCAUGCUUACACUGUUAUGAAUUUUAAUUUGGUGCUAAUUUUAUCACAAUUUAUACCAAAAUUGCGAAGGUUGUGGCACAUGAGAUGGACUGUGCCUUGUCUUACAGAGGACAUCAUGAACUGUAGUAUUGUAACUAUCAGAGCUUACUAAACAGUUUUAGUUUAUAAGCAUUUAUAAGAUCAGCUUGCAGUGUCUGCACACACACUCAGAUGUGGAAGAGUGCAAAAGUUUUGGCUGUUCACUGGAUCUCUGUCUGUGUCAUGGAGCCCACUAUAAUAUCCUGUGUGACUCUGUGAGCAGACCAGUGGGUCUGUGCCAGAAGACUGAAUGGCCUGCACUGGAGGUUAAAGAGUGUAUUGGAAGCAGGAGGUGGCUUCCAAGUGAGUGAACACUAGCACACCUCCACAGAAACACAUGUAAGCCUUCCUUUUUUUUUUUUGUUUCUUUUUGUAACCUGGCAAAAAUCUUUUCUAGAGCAGGCUUUCCACAUCCAUAAUUAGCUGGGCCAGUUUCAUUGGUCAUGUAAUACUCAUUUCCUAGACACAAUCAGUUAACUGACACUAUCCACCACUGACAACCUCACCACUACACAUUUCUUUAAACCAUGAUCUCCAGGUAAAAGACAAAUUAAUAAACAGUCUUUUUUUUUUUUUUUUUUUUGUCUUUUUCCUUUUUAUCCGUACCGGGAAACGAACUCACGACUGCCUGCUUCCAAGGCAGGCGCUUAUGCCGCUUACGCCCCAGCCCCCAUAAACAGUCUUAACAUGUUACAGCCAUCCUACAUUCAAAUGGAACUGCAUUAAUUCCCCUGCCCACAAUAGUAAGGAAGUUUUCUUUGUGUGAUGCUUACUUGUAACAUUUUGUAACUGGGACAUUAUAAUAGGUUUUGUAAGACCUAACCAAUGUUAAGUCUUAUUGGUAUAUUAAACUGGAAGAACGAUACAAAAAAACUUACAGUAGUUUUGCAGCUUAUCAUGGGGCUAUAGCUUGUAUUUAGAAUUACUCAUAUGACCCAUUCUGUAUUCCAUGGAUUUCAGCAAGCAGUUCAGUGGUUCCUGAUCUUUUCCCCAUGUGGGACCCUUACUUUCCUUCCUGGAGUUUGUGGACCAUUUGACGUUCUACCUGAAUUGAAUUGUUAGUUUCCCAUUGACUUUAUUAACAGCAUGGUAAUACGAAAGUUAUUUGACAAUUUUGAAGUAACUGCCCAAGAGGACAGACAUUACCCAGGAAAAUAAUAAAAUGCCAGACCACAAUCCUGUGAAGGAUAGGCCAUCUACUCUCUUGGUUUAUCUCAGAUCCCGAGUGUGCAGAAAACAAAGUCAUGAGGAAUGGGGCAGGAGUGAUAUAGUGAUCUAAUGCAAAAUCAUGUGUAAUAAAGUAAUUUCUCUUGAGUGGAUAAGGGAGACUUUGUUUCCUAUUGUUAAGAAACACCUAGAGAGGGCUGGGGAUUUAAAACAAAACAACACCUAGAGGACAAAGGUUUAAAACUCAAGGCUCUCCUCAUGAUGGACAUUGCUCCUGCUGAAACAUGAAAUUUGGAAGAAUUGGCUGAUGAAUUCCCAAGACUCAGUCAAGUUCCUCCCAUCAAAUUCAAAGGCCAAUCAUUGCAUUCACUUGCUUUAUGAACAUGCUGUCAAGAAAAGAAAGCACACUAGCGAUCCAGAUUUCUGAUGUUCUUAUGGGAGGGGAUUCUCCUUCCAGACAAUAACCACUUUCUGUUUCAUCCUCCCUUCAAAGCAAAGAUUCGUGAACUUGAAUAGUGAGUAAAUAUAGUAGUAUCGGGUUCUGUCCUAGAUACCUGAUCUCCCAAACGAGUGUACAGCAGAGGUUAAGAGACAAAUUGUAUGAUUUGUAGGGCUUCAGGAGAGUCAAAACCCUUUAAGCUUGAGGCUUCGAGGGUAAAGACAAAGGAUUCUCUGGGUCAGUCCACUUAUGCUAGGACCAAGGACAAAAGAUGGAGAAACAGGAAAGUGCAGGCAAUGAGCAGGACCUUUGGAGUCACUUCAAGGAAGUCUCCAAGUCAUGAAUCAAGUUAAUUUGGUAGCACUGUCUUAUGAAGACAUGGUAGAAGUGAGACUGUAGGAGUAAUCCUGCAGAUGCAGUCUCUACCUUGUUAAUUGAGGUUGGAGCCAGAGUGUUGCAGCUGUGGCCUUAUCUUACCCUUUGAGGUAUCUCUGGCCUCACAGGCCACUACAGGCCUCAGCCAGGACCAGUGAUUCAUAGAGGUUCACUUACUAUGAAUCAGUUCCUGACUCGAGGCAAGGGGCCUAGGCCUAGGACAGACUCACAGAUAAACAUAGAAAGCCAAUUAGUAAAAUUUAAAUCAGAGCCACUUUGUAGUGGUCUCCAACGUAGUAGAAGUUAUCAUUUCUGAUAAAAUAGGCAUAAUUUAUUACUUUUUGGUGAUACACUGGAAAAAUAGGUUUCUGGCAAAUUACACAGAUUAUCCAACCCUUUUAAAUAUGAAUGAGUUAGUUAAGGGGUGCUUGGGAGGUUCAUUACACGUUAUAGGUAUUUCCAUUAUUUCUUGUGGGAAAAUAAUCUUGACUUACAACCUACUUGAAUCACAGAUAGUCUUGGAGAACAAUUGAGUUUAUAAGUAAAAGGUGCCUUGUAGCUAGAAAUAAAGGACAAGGAUACCUACUUUAUGAGAUCCAAGAUCCAACAAGAAGAAAAAGGGACUCGGGAGGGGUCCAGAUUUCAGAUUUGGUACCUCAAGUCACACUGUCACGUCUUAAUCAGAUGCACCAAGAAGUGUGUUUUACUAAUAGUCUGUACAUCUCUUAAGUAAAACAAUGUAUUAACAUGUGUAUCACCUGAUUCCAGCUAAUGUUUUUCUAGAAAUACUGAUGUUGAAAGGUGCAUAAUUUCAACCUGUGAUGAGCUGUGACAAGGCCAAGAGAGCGUACAGUAUAAGGUCUUUAUCCCAGCCUCAGCACCAGGAAGUGAUCAGGUGAAUCAAGUAGUGUUGCUGUGUCUAAAUUGAAUACCUGAUUUUAUUUUAUUUGACCUUAUUUUAUUUUAAUUAAGGGGUUUAAAGUUAACUUUUGGCCAGUGGGAGAAAAACCGAAAUGUUAAGUCCGAAAGCUGAGACUGAGACCUUGACUGAUCAGGGAGACGUCUGGCAAGAAGCUGAAUAGGAGAACCAGGGCCACUCCCCUCUGCACUGGUAUGUGGCAGAGUGGCCCAUGGGAGCCCGGAGAGUGAUAAACCCAGGGUGAGGAGCAGCAGAGAGCGUGAGCUCUGUGGUCCAGGUGGGCGGCUGGGCAGGCAGCAGAGGCUUAGGGGGAACAUUUGGGGUGCAUUGGGCCAGGGGUGCCUUGGUGCAUCCAUUGCCCAGGGGGCCUUCCCCCAUCGGGUGUCCAGCCGUGACCGACACCGCUUUUAUGGUUAGGAGAAAGGAUGAGCCCAGAGAGCGGACCUGAGGAACAGUGGACUGCCGAGAGGACGGGGUUCCGCGGAGAGGGGAAGCCAGGGCUGCACCGUGGGGUGGGAGAGACGUCAAAGGAGCAAGGGAGAAAAGUCCAGAAAGGGAGCAAGCUUAGCAAUCUCAAGCACCAAACAUGAGGGAACUGGGGAGCUUCCUGGAUGUAGAGCAUCUUGUAGGCAGAGUUAGAAAAAUAAAGAGGAAGACAUGGAGAUUGGGGCAGAGGGCUUUGCCAAUCUGAAAUCCCAGCAAGAUCUGGCCCAGCAGAAGCUGCUGAAGCUGUGGAAACCGUGGUCUGAGGAUGUUGCCAGAUGACCUGAGCUGAGAGAGAGGUUCAAGAGAGCUUAAAACCUUCCAGAGAGAACUUGUCUUCCUUCCCGGACCUUGGCACCAAAAUGUGGCAUAAAUAACCAGCGGAGUCCACCAGGCUGGGGUAAAGGGAACAUGGCAUGGAAUUUAUUGCGCCUGGGUUCAGGCGGAGAGCACCGUAAGACCUUCUGCCCCACCCUCGAAAAGAAAAACGUGUCCUUUCAUAGGGAUAGAGAGAAGGCAGGGGACAUGAGACCGCAAGAUCUCAGUGAACACCCGUAGUUAUAAAAGUUUCCUAGAAACCUUGCAUCUCAGUGGGCUGAAUCCUUCAAAGUGUCCCUUGUAAAUUUCUGGGCGUCUUCAGAACCCAAAGUUGCGCGUCCUAUCUUAUCUCCUUUCCCAUGUUUGCCAAUGACAGUCUUGGUGCUGAGCUGAGUUCCCUGCAGAGAGAAGUAAUUCUGUCAAGCAGGCUGGGAGCUGAGAGAGUCAAGCCAGCUUGGACAGUUAGCGCUUUUUUGCUUGGAAAUAUGUUUAUCUUCAAAAUUCAGGUAUUUUCUGGGAAAAUGCCUACAGUUUGAGGGAGAUGGAAUGAGUGCUUCUCUUUUACCUUCACUCUUUUGCAGAAUACUACCGUUAUGCUACUCCAUUAUUUUCAUGAAAUUGUAUUCCUAAGGGCCAUAUAUUCAUUUUCAUAGGGGAAAAUGAGUAACUGAGAGAGUGUGUGAAACUCUUGGCAGUGAAACCAACUGCCUCAUUUCCAAUAGCAGGUCUUGUCUUUAUUCCAUUUUGUAUUAGGGUUAUCUAAACUCGUAGUUGUUGUUUGUUUCUGUUCAUUUGUUUUUGUAUUGAGAAUCAAACGAAGGCCCUCACACUUGCCAGGCAGACCCUGUUCCACUGAGGUACAUCAAGGGCCAUCGUAUUUUCUGACAUCAAGGGAUUGAUUCUUCCGCAAGGCAUUGACCCUGGAACGGUUUGAGGACAUUUGUAGCCACCCACUUUCAGGAAGAGUUCACUGAGUACAUUAAGAAAACAAUGAAAGUUUUGGAAAACCAGAAUGAAAGCUUUAAGUGCAAACAUUCUUCAUGUGAUGUGGGAGUGCCAUCAUGGGAGAGAGACUGGCCUAUAAGUUUCUGGGUUUGAAUUUAUCAUUUGAGCUCCACUCAUUCUGGAAAAAGUUUGCUUCUUUUGCAGUGCUGUCGGUCUCUGGACCCUCAAUGGAGAGCAGGAGCCAAUCAACGAUGAAGGCAGGUUAUCUGAACCAACCAAUCAGGUGUGGUGAGGGAGGAAGUCAUUUCCGGUGUCGUGGCGCCAAACAGCACAGCCAGAUCUCAUUGCUGAGCGCUGCACCUGACUGCCCCACUGUUUCCUGUGCCUUCUGCUGGCUGCAACUACAUUGGAAGGGUUGGAAGGAUUGGGAGACUCUCACGCAGGGAGGACGGGUGCAGGGACAGAGUGGAAUCAGAUGAGUUCUGGAAGGAAGGCACCAGAGUGAGCUAUGGCAAUGAAUCCUCUCUGCUUCGCUCCAGAAUCAGAUGAGUGUGGGGCUUUGUGAAACCCUUGGUUCUAUAUCCUGCAAAACAAUUGUUGUUUUAAUUGUUUAUGUGAGACCACUACUCACAGUGGUGGUUGUUACAAGCUCAAAAACCCAAAAUGUCAAGCAGGCAGUCAUGAGUUCGAUCCCCGGAACUGAUAAAACAACAACGACACCAAAAUGUGCUAUACUUUAUAACUUAUUCUCUUCUUUAAAACUUGUGUAAUUGCCAGUUAAGUUGCAACCUUGUAACAUACCCAUGUAACCCCCUCCUGUCUUCCCUGGUUCCUGUGUUCUGUCUCCCUGGUUCCUUUUAUGGGGACAAACUGAUCCUAAGACCCUGGCCCCUCCCCUUGCAGCUUGCUACUUUAUAACUCCCUGCAGCCCCUGGCUCUACACACACUUCCCUGGCUGCUUUUCUGCGACAGUGCUGCCACUGAGCUCAGCUAAUAAAGAGCUUUUUAAAACUUU